GUAAUAUUGACAUAGAAUAGGGUUUCUACGAAACUCAGAGCGCGGGCGAUGCGUAGCACUGCUAUCGUGCGGAUCAGAAUAUUCGAUACUGAAGACGAAGACACCACGACGCAAUGAGCUUGAAAGCUGUGCAGAGUAAACAGAUUGCGGAGACGUCUCCGCAAUUCGAGCUGGAAUCAUACAUCUCUAACUACUACGGCCGCCAUGCAAUUGACCGACUCCUCUUCAUCGCCGACCGAUGUCCACCGCUGACCGCCUCCGCGCUCGGCCUCGCCAUCGCGCGUCUAAAACAAACCCAAGACGUGACCCGCUACCAAACCGCCGUCGACAGACUGCACAGCAUCGACCCGUCGAACCCGCUCGCGACGCUUGACAUGGACUGGGUAGACAACACGAGCCGCGAGAACCGCGACCAGAACGAGAAACUCGAGCAGGAGCUCAAGCGGUACAAGAAUAACCUGCUCAAGGAGAGCAUUCGUAUGGGAUACGCUGAUCUUGGCGAUUUCUACUUCACAAUCGGAGACCUCUCUGCUGCGACGCAGAGCUAUAUGCGCCAGCGAGAGUACUGUACCACGCACAAGCACAUGAAAGACCUCUCGCUCGACCUCAUCCGCGUCUACCUCUACCAGCAAAACUGGUCGCAGUUCGAGGCCCCCAUCACCAGACUCGAGCAGCUGCCCAACGGCCUCAACGAGCUCGAGCCCUACGCAAAGGCCGCACGAGGGCUCUGGAUGCUCUCGCGGGGACAGUUCAAGACCGCGGCGGCGCUGCUGCUCGAAGUCAAAGCCGACACUUUUGCGCCGCCAAAGACCGCGGUCGCUGCUGCUCCUGCGGCGGUUCCUGGGCUGCCGGGCGCGAGCUCGGUAACAGCAGCCACCACUACCACUACCACCACCACCACCACUACCGCCAGCAGCAGCGGCGGCGCUGCGACCGCGCUGAGUUCGAGCACGCGCGGAUCCGCCCUGCCGAGCAUUUCCGAGUUCGUGACAGUCUCCGACAUCUCUGUAAUCGUCGGGCUAUGCACGCUAGCGACGUACUCGCGCAACGCGCUCAAGGACUUGCUAGACAACAACGCGAACUUCAAAGAACUGCUCGAGUCCGAGGCGCACGUGCGCACGCUACUUGAGUCCUUUGUCGCGUUUGACUACAAGGCGACGCUCGACACGCUCGAGAAGCAUAAAAGCGAUUAUCUGCUCGAUAUAUGGUUGGCGGAUUACGUCGCGCCGCUGUUUAGCCAGAUCAGAGAGAAUUGCUAUACGCAGUACGUCAAGGGAUACAAGCGGGGCUAUAUCUCGCGCAUGGCGGCGCGGUUCGGGGCGACUGAGGCGGAUAUCGAGAAGGAUCUGGUGGCGCUGAUACAGUCCAACAAGAUGACUGUCAGACUAGACCUCGAGAACAAGAUCUUUGUCGACAUGGACAGCAACGAGCGCGCAGAGGUGUAUCAGCAAAUCAUGACCGUCGCACAGGAGUACGAGCAUAACGCGAAGCUGCUGCUCGUCAACGUCGAAGUCCUCCAGGGCGGGCUCGAGAUCAAUCCGCCAAGGCCUGAUGCUGGAGCCGCGGGGGUCGAAGGGAAGGAGAAGGGUGGCAGGGUUGUCAAUUUGCCUACUGGCCGGGGGCAGUCGCGGCAGGGAGGGGGUAAGAAGAAGGGUGUUGGCAAGUGAUGAUGAUUAGAGAU